AUGAACUCUCUUUCUUUUGACGAUCCAACUCUGGAUAAUUUGGAUCCGACACUUUCGCUCAAUUCCCUGAGCGAUCCCAGCGAUAUUGAUACGGCCCUUUUAAGCGAUAUUGAUGACAUGCUAAAGCUCAUCGGAAACCAGGAUAUGGAGUUUGAUGGACUUUUUGACAACCAAACAUAUACAGGAGCUCCUGCAACCCAUGUUCUUCCUGUCCUUACUUCAACUGCUCCAUUGACCACGUCAGCCAUCCCAGCAUCCUCUUCGUCCUCCAUCCUGAGCAGUAAUCCACAUUUGGAUGCUCUUCUGGGGCCUCCAAUCACUCGUAGCUCCUCCACCCCAGACAAGACCUUCCAGCCAGCCACCUUCCAGCAGUCCCCUCUGGCCCAGGUCUCUAGCAGCGUGCGACAACAGCCACCAUCUCCACAGCAGCUUCAGAAUGCCACACAGAAACCAGAACAGCCCCUGCUGGACCUUAGCCCAACUCCCCCUGUGCAAGUGGCAUCAGCCCCACAAAGUAUACCACCAAAAAGUACAGCAAUGAGCUCAUCCCCUCCAGCCCUGUUCACUACCACUGCCCCUCAAACACCAGUCCAGUCUCAGCGGACUACUACUACCCCUCAAACACCAGUCCAGUCUCAGCGGACUACUACUACCCCUCAAACACCAGUCCAGUCUCAGCGGACUUCCACUGUCAAUUACACAGCCUCAAGUCCUGGGAUUGUAAGCCCUUCGCCCAUUACUCUGUCUUCAUCACCUCCAGUAGCAAUCCAGCCUCAAAUUCAAGGGAUGACUGCCGCUUCUCCCCUUCUGACCACAUCUGGAAGCCCACCUGUACAAACCAUCACUCCCCAUGUACAGCAGGUACCUGUGCUACUUCAGCCUCAGUUCAUUAAAGCGGAAUCGUUGCUCCUGACAUCUACGUCUUUGGCCACAACAACCUCAAUGCAGACUACUCCAAUUCAGGCCUUUGUGGGUGGAGGCACAUUUCUAACUACAGUUCCUGUUAUGGUGGAUACAGAGAAAUUGCCUAUAAACCGUAUAGCCAUAAGUGGCAAACCGAAUGGGCAGCCUCACAAGGGAGAGAAACGCACUGCUCAUAAUGCCAUUGAGAAGCGAUACCGCUCAUCCAUCAAUGACAAAAUUAUUGAAUUAAAAGAUUUGGUUGCGGGUACUGAGGCUAAGCUAAACAAGUCUGCAGUUUUGAAAAAAGCUAUUGACUUCAUCAGAUACUUGCAGCAGACGAAUCAGAAACUCAAGCAGGAAAACAUGGCUCUAAAAAUGAAUGCCCAAAAAAACAAAUCUCUGAAAGACAUUGUUGCUAUGGAGGUGGAUGUGAAGACUGAGCUGCCCACUCCCCCAGCCUCUGAUGUGGGCUCCCCCUCCUCCCUCUCGCACUGUGCCAGUGACUCAGAGCCAGACAGCCCAAUGGGCGAUGACACAAAGCCUCAGGUGGAGGUGCUGGGUCAGUCAGCAGGAGGAGGCGUCGGUGGCAUGUUGGACCGCUCGCGAAUGGCCCUCUGUGCAUUUACCUUCCUCUUUGUCUCCAUGAAUCCUUUGGCCUCCCUUUUCUGCAGCAGCAUAUCUGCCAACAUGGGCACCAGCAGCCCUCACACAGGCAGAGGCAUUCUGGGCUUAGACGGGGCAGCAGACUCUUUGGGCUGGAUGGACUGGAUGUUGCCAACUCUACUGGUGUGGUUACUUAAUGGCAUUUUGGUGUCAGGGGUUCUGAUCCGACUCUUGGUCUAUGGAGAACCUGUAACUAGACCACAUUCUGGAUCAUCAGUCUUAUUCUGGAGGCAUCGUAAACAGGCUGACCUGGACCUAGCAAGAGGCGAUUAUGCUCAAGCCAGUCAAAACCUGUGGACCUGUCUGAAAGCGCUUGGUCGGCCUUUGCCCACCUCUCAGUUGGAUUUGGCGUGUGCUGCCUUGUGGUCGCUGCUACGCUUUUGCCUCCAGCGUCUGUGGGUGGGCCGCUGGCUGGCAGCACGGGCUGGAGGACUGUGCUCUGACCGCCCCCUGCAGGAAGAUGCCUGUAAAAGCAGCCGAGAUGCUGCACUGGUCUACCACCGUCUGCACCAGCUUCACAUGACCGGUAAACUCAACGGCAGUCAUCUUUUUGCAAUCCACAUGGCUCUGAGUGCGGUGAAUCUUUCCGAGUGCGCUGGCUCAUGCCUGCCUGUGGCCACUCUGGCUGAAGUCUACGUAUCUGCCGCUCUUCGGGUCAAAGCGAGUCUGCCACGGAUCCUGCAUUUCACUUCACGGGUGUUCCUGAGCAGUGGUCGUCAGACUUGUCUGUCGUCCAGUGGCAGCGUGCCUCCGGCCAUGCAGUGGUUGUGUCACCCUCUGGGUCACCGCUUCUUUGUGGACGGAGACUGGGCCAUUCGCAGCACUCCUAAAGAAAGCAUUUACAGCCAGGCUGGCAAUACAGUGGAUCCUUUAGCUCAGGUGACCCAGGCGUUUAGGGAACAUCUCCUAGAAAAGUCCCUCUACUGUGUGGCUCAGCCUCGUGGGGAGAAAGGACCGAGCCACGGAGAAGGGGAGUACGCUGAUGCGCUGGAGUACCUGCAGCUGUUGAUGAGUGCGUCAGACGCUGCAGGAGCCACGACACAAUCCUUUGCUAUUGGAUCCAACAUGGCUACUGUAACUGGAUGCGACACUCACUCAAAAUGGUGGUCCUCCGUUGCUGUGGUGAUCAUUAACUGGUUGCAAGGAGAUGACUCUGCAGCCGAGCGACUGUAUCCAACAGUUGAACACUUGCCUCGUAGUCUCCAAAACGCAGAGAGUCUGCUCCCCAAAGCAUGUCUGAACACUUUCAAAGCUGUGCGUGCGCUUCUGUCCAAACCUGAAAACUGUCAGCUGAGUCUGAGCCACAGUGAUAAGGCCAGUACCCUGCUACGGGACAGCCUCAACCUGGGUCCACAUAACCACAGCUCCAGCAUAGACAAGGUGGUCCAGUUAUUGCUGUGUGAUCUGCUGUUAGUGAUGCGGACCAAUGUUUGGCAGCUGCUGCAGCAGGGGGCUGUGGGACCCACUAAUGUAGGUCCGAGCUGUCCAGCAGGGGGCGUGCAUCAGGCUUCACCUCCAGAGCUACAAGGCUUUCAGCAAGACCUCAGCUCUCUGCGGAAGUUGGCACACAGUUUCAGACCUGCCAUGAGAAGGUUAUUCAUCCAUGAAGCCACAGCCAGGCUGAUGGCUGGAGCCAGUCCCACUCGCACACAUCAGCUGCUGGAUCGCUCACUACGGCGCAGAACAACGCCCGGAGCCAAGACAGAGGAGUGCGAGACGCGGCCGGGCCAGCGGGAGCAGGCUGAAGCGGUGCUGUUGGCGUGCAGAUACCUCCCCCCUUCGUUCCUGUCAGCCCCAGGCCAGAGGGUCGGGAUGCUCGCCGAUGCAGCCCGCACCCUGGAGAAGCUGGGAGACAAGAGAACGCUUCACGACUGCCAGCAAAUGAUCAUCAAGCUGGGGAGUGGCACCACCGUCACCAACAGCUAG